AUGCCUAAAACUACUGCUGCAUGUUUAAUUAUUGGUGAUGAGGUACUAAAUGGUAAGAUACAAGAUGCUAAUUCACCUUUCUUUGCAAAAUAUUGUUAUAAUUUGGGUAUUGAAUUGAAGGAAAUUGUUACAGUUGGAGAUGAAGAGGAACAAAUUAUAAAUAGUAUAAAGAGGCUUUCUAAGAAAUAUGAUUUUAUAGCUACUACAGGUGGAAUUGGACCUACUCAUGAUGAUAUAACUUACGAAUGUAUUGCAAAAGCUUUCGGAUUAGAUUGUAUUCUUGAUGAAGAAUGUAAAGCUAGAAUGCAAAUUAAAUCGAACCCAGAGGCAAGGUUAGAUAGUGAGGCCUUGAAAGAUUACUAUAGAAUGGCUACCCUACCGACUGGAUCAAAUGUGAAGAGUUAUUAUCUUGUUGAUGAUCUAUGGGUCCCUAUUUGUUCAAUUAACAAUAAUAUUUUUAUUUUCCCAGGUAUUCCUCAGUUAUUUCAGAAAUUACUGGAUUCAUUUGUUGAUGUGAUUAAAGAUAUCUAUAAUAUUAAAGAUCAAAGCCAUGAAUAUAUGCGUUAUUUCGUUAAAACUACUUUAUCAGAAUCCCAAAUUUCACAAUACUUAAGAAAUUUACAAACAGAGGCUUCUUGUGUAUCUGAUGAAAUUAAAAUUGGAUCCUAUCCACAUUUUGGUUUAGGGUUUAAUACUGUUAGCAUAUUUGGAACAAAAGAUAAUUCCGAAUAUUUAAAUAAAAUAAAAAUUAGAACGAUAGAAAAGCUUAAUGGUGAAGAACUAUCUGCUGAGUAUGAAGAGCAAAUAUCCAACCGCAUAUAG